GUGCAUCGCAUGAGUCGUUAAUAGAAUGCUCGCCCCUCCACUGUCUAGCUUGAUAUAUCUUCGAGAACAGUGUCCAAAUGUGCUAAGUGGGGUGCCUCGGAUGUCAGCUCUUGCUCGUCGAAUUAGUCUACAUAGUAUAUAACGGCCCAUCGACACUUUCGCCUUAUUGUAUUUCUUCAAGAAUCCGGAAUCCUCGUCUAUGCUGCAAGUUUGGGGGUGAUCUAGUGGGUAAGAAGCCUUUUAUACCCAAUAAACAAAAAUAUCCAAUACGUAUCUAAAUUAUGAGAUAGUAGAGGGUUCACCCUUAGCAUAUAUGUGAGAGGUCCCGCUCGAUCCACAGCUCGGGUCUAUCUUCUAUCGCCUUUUUUCAUAGAUAGAGAGCUGGAGUGCGACAAGACGCACGUACUGAUGCAGACAUCAUGUCUCUGUCGGGCAGCCUGCAUGAUGGCGUUGAAGAACUAACGCCAUUUCUCGGAUUCCCCACGUGAUAUACCAGCUUCCGGUGCCAAGAUCCAAAAAGAGUAAAACAGAAAAAAAAGUUACGCGGAGUAGGAACAGCGACAGAGCGACAAUACGCCCUCCGCCAUUGCACUCCUUCUUUCUUUCUUUUUCUUUUCUUUUUUCCUUUAGCCAGAAAUCUUUCGAGAGGCGGGACACUCUCACAGUUAAUAUCACCAUGGGAAAGAAAUCAAAGUCCCAGUCGGAAAAAGCUCCGCAGACCGAAAAGACAGAAACGUCUAUUCCUUUCUUAGCGGGAAAUGCCUCAGUUGACCCAACGUUGGCGUCCUUGUUUGAGACGAGCUCAGGCCCAGUAAAAGCGCCGUCAUUGCCCACAACUAGCAAUGCUGUUGAAAAACCCACCGCAGGUGACGAUAUCAGUGAAGACGUGUCGGAGCCUGAAGAUGAAGACCAGGUUAUGCAGGAAGCAUCUGAAGCCUCGAGUGACGCUGGUGGUGAGCCAGCUCAGGUGGCUUCGGAGCCUCCCAGUCGGAAACGAAAGAGGGCUGCGGGAGAAGAUCUCGAAGAAUCCUACAUGCGUCGCAUAGCAAAGGAAGAACAGAAGGAAGACGAGAAGCGCCGUGUGGAAAAAGCAAAGAGGCAAAAGGCUGAGGGUGAAGAUGAGGAUGAGGAUGAGGAUGAAGCAACAUCUACCGAGAAAUCCGACGACGAGGAUGAGGAUAAAAGUUCCGACGAAGAUGCAGAGAUUGCGAUUCCCAAACACGAAACUCUGACCGGCGACGCUCAGUCGUCUAAUAUUGACAAGUCUAAUCGCACAGUGUUCCUAAGCAAUGUCUCCAACGAAGCCAUCAAGUCUAAGUCUGCUAAGAAAACCCUUUUGAAACAUUUUGAAUCAUUCCUUUCUACACUCCCUGAAUCUACAGGGCCGCACAAGGUGGAAUCGAUCCGCUUCCGUUCUACGGCCUUCGCGAGCGGCGGAAAGGUCCCGAAGCGCGCUGCCUUUGCAAAGCGCGAGGUUCUGGAUGAAACUACUCCUAGUACCAACGCGUAUAUCGUUUAUAGUACGGUCCAGGCCGCUCGGAAGGCUCCUGCCGCCCUGAAUGGCACUGUCAUCCUGGAUAGACACGUGCGUGUUGACAGCGUCGCACAUCCCGCCCCGGUCGAUAAUAAACGAUGCGUCUUCGUCGGCAAUCUCAACUUCGUGGACCAGGAAGGCAACGCCGAUGAUGAGGAAAAGCCGAAGAAGAAGAAGGCACCGGCCGAUGUUGAAGAAGGUCUUUGGCGGACCUUUAAUGCUCACACCACCAAACCCAAAGGUCAGACUACCCGCCAAGGUAAUGUCGAGUCUGUUCGAGUCGUUCGCGACAGUGUCACCCGUGUUGCCAAGGGAUUUGCCUAUGUCCAAUUUUACGACCAGAAUUGUGUGGAGGAGGCCCUGCUGCUAGAUGGAAAGCACUUCCCGCCCAUGCUCCCCCGGAAGCUACGUGUCAUGCGAGCUAAGAAACAGCCAAAGAAACGUGAAGCCGGUGGUAGUACUCAAAGCAAAUCGCUGCGGGAGGCGGACAAGACCCUUCAAGGACGCGCUGGCAAGCUUUUCGGCCGAGCGGGUGCGGCCAAGGUCAGGGCAGAUGCUGCGAAAUCCAUUUCCAAGAACUCGUUAGUGUUCGAAGGCCACCGAGCGACGGAUGAUGGGUCAUCGCGCAUCCGCGUGAAGACGAAGAGUCGUGGCAGCAAAGGCAAGCCGAAAAACCGCAGCAGCAAACGAGCGGCGGCGUACAAGGCAGCGGGAGGGAAGAAGAGAAAGACUGAAUAGUAGACUGAGAAUAUGAAGUAGACUGUUCCUCAUGUAUGUAUUUUACAAAAGAAAUGAACCUUUCAAAGAACGACCUACGGGAGUUACUAC